UCAUGUGUUGUUUAUUUUCAAUAUUACGUCAUCGUGCUAAUGGAAACCAUCUUUAGGCUUGGAAUUUUAAGCACUGUACCGUUCUUCAUUGAUUUAUUAUCGUGUAUUGAAAUCAGUUCGGUUCGCAGUUUAGUGUUAACAAGUGUCUGAAGAUGUUGAAAGCGUGCUGGGAUUGUUGGACAGGAAGCGGUGUGGAAAAUGGGCGUGGUGAUGGCGUAUAUGACACUCAGUUGAAUGGAGGCAGCGAGAGCGUUCCCCUGCGGCCGGCGCGAUCGACAGAAAGAAACAUGUUUGUGAUACCGCGGGCGCUGAGCUACGGAGAUUCCUUGGAGGUCUCUUGCACUAUCAAUGAUCCUAACAGAUUCACUGCCAAUUUGUUGACGGGAUCACCGUGGCCAGACAAUAAUAAUAUUGCCUGUCAAAUAGAUAGUGAUUUCCAGAGAAAUGAAAUAGCGGUCAGAGUCAUAGAAAAUGGUCAGCAAGCCAUUCCAGAAUCUGACCAGGUUAAAGGCCAAGCCAAUGGUAUGAUGUCAGGUUCCUCAGAUGUAUUAUUAGAAUUCAAAUUUCAAGGAGGCUAUGGAAGAACUACUGUGGAAAUGUAUAUAAAUCGAUCAUUUUUAGAUGUCCUUCAAUUGAAACAUGAUGUUGAAAAAAUAACAUUUUUGGAAAUGUUAGGUGAUGUGAAGGUUACCGGACUAAAUUUUAAAUUUGCUUAAUAAUCAUGUACAUAAUAUUUAUGUAUACAUAUUUUUAUUAGAUAAUCAUCA